AUGGCCUUCGCUUUAUUUCUCUUAUUGGCGACAGUGGUUGCCCUGGUGGCAGUACAUCGCUACCUCAACCGACAAAAGCUACCAGCAGGCGUCCGCCCCUUACCGGGCCCUCGAGGCAUCCCAUUCAUUGGCCGAGUACACGACAUCCCGGAGAAUGCCUCGUGGCUAAAGUUUUACGAAUGGAGUAAGGAGUAUGGCGCCAUCUACCAGAUGGAGAUAUUUGGAACUGUCCAUGUCUGGAUUUCGUCUGAGAAGGUUGCCCAUGAUUUGCUGUCCAAGAGGGCCCUGAUCUACUCGGACAGACCGACGAUUCCCAACUUGCCUGAUAACAGGACCAGUGGUGAUUACCUUGCCUUGUUGGGCCGCACUGAAACAUGGAAGCGCCAACGCAAGCUCUGCAACCACUUGAUGCACACCUCGGCCCUCGCCUCGCUUCACUCAUAUCCUACCCGUGAGCGCGAUAGAUUUCUUUACCUCAUGGGAAGCGACCCUUCCAAGUACCUCGAGUGGAUCGAGCAGUUCACGUCUCGCACCGUCUCUCGCCUGUCCUGGGGAACCGCCAAACCAGCUCAGAUCCUCCGGCACACGACCUUUGGCCUGCUGCAGACCAUCUCACCUUCCGGCGCGUUGCCAAACAUCAUCUCCUUCCUGCAGCACGUCCCUCUUGCGCUAAGCCCGUGGAAGAAGAAGGAAGCGGCUAGACACGCGCUCGAGGACAGGUUGUUCAAGGCCAAUAUCGACUUUGUCAGGAGAAGUCUCGAGUCUGGAAGAGGUGAGGAGUCCUUUGUCGGCACGUUCAUGAAGAGUCAGUUGCCUGCUGAGGGUAAGGACGAGAAGGAGAGAUUGAAGUGGGGAGACCAAGAGGAGGCGAUGCAUGUUGUCGGUCUGAUGGCGAUCGCUGGGGCGUUGACGAUUGGGAGCCCGAUUCAGAGCUACAUCCUGGCCAUGUGUCAUUACCCCGAGGCUCAAAAGGCGUUGCAGGAGGAGAUUGACCGGGUUUGCGAGGGGAGGUGCCCGCAGUGGGAGGACAGGGAGAAGCUGCCUAUGCUGAGAGCGGUGGUCAAGGAGGUGAUUCGGUGGAGGCCGCCGGUGCCCACGGGCAUUCCCCAUGCGAUUGAGAAGGAUGAUGUCUAUGAGGGGUAUCUCAUUCCCAAGGGGGCGACGAUUCAUGCGGGCAUCACCCGCGAUGAGGAGACCUACCCCUGCGCCGAUGAGUUCCUUCCGGCCCGCUGGGUCGACCCGGCCUAUCCUACCUUCAAGGAGCCCCUCACACAAUACCCGAAUCUCAACGGCUUUUCUCAGUUUGGUUUUGGUAGGCGAACGUGCCAAGGCAUCCCCAUCGUGGAGCAGGAUCUGUUCCUCUCGAUGGGCGGCAUGGCCUGGGCCUUUGACAUCCGCAAAAAGGUAGACCCGGUGACCGGCAAGGUCAUCCCCGUGCACUGGAACGACUACACGCCUCUCUUGAUCGCCAAGCCCUGCAAGUUUGACUUUGACGCCAUCCCAAGACAGGAGGGUAGGAUGGAGGAGCUCAGGCAAAUGUUUGAUUCUGCGAGGGAGGAGGAAGAGCAACAAGACAAGGCGAUCGCGAUGGAUAUCAGCCAGUUUGAGAAGGACCUGGGUGCCGAGCAGAUUUACCGCGACAAGGCAUGUGAGAUUAGGUAUGCCGACGCUGCGGCGCAGUCGGAUGAGCUUGAGCAGACGGCCUCUGAGGGGUCUUCGACGCCACUGGAGCCUGGGCUUGAACUUGGGGAUUCGAGUUCCGAGGCCGAUACCGAGAGCGACUUCGGAAAGGAAUCGCUCAGCACGGGGAUGAGGGUUGUGUUGGACGGCCGGGUUGAGAAGACGCUCGGGAUUGAGCCUGUGGUGAGCGUGACGGGAGUACCAGGCGCGUGGAAGUGGGCUUAGUGAUGAUGGCUGGCCAUGAUAUUGCGAUGUUUCUAAUGAAUGAGGGCUGCAUUGGGAUUGGGACUUGGGCUGGAUAUUUGGGUCUAUCAAAGUGAAAUACCCAAAGGAAACUGCUAGUAUUUGGAUGGACGGAGUUUGGAAAAAAUGGGUUGGUUGUUUUGAUGAUCGACAGGGCGGGUGCCCUCUUUUCUUUUGAUUUUCUUUCUUAUUCAAUUAGUAUUAGCAUAACCUAAGGUAAGUUUCUUGGAGCAGAUAUCAACUGAACUCUCCUCUUGAAAUGACUAAGAAACGUGCCCUACAUGGCCAUCGAAGUAGCAAUUUGACUCUCGUUGUCUUGUGACUACGCUUAAGGGUGCUGGUGUUGUUCAAAGUUUAGUUCAAUGUUAACUCGUGCGA